CUCUCUCCCACCUCACAUUUGCCAGUACCAGAACUCUGGCAACCAACUCGAGCAUUGUGUCUUCUUGGCGAAGGGAAGGACAGACAGGACGGUGGAAAACCGAAAGAAAGAGAGAGAGAGAGAUGGAGAGAGGUUAGGAUGACAUAUGGACGGUGGGAUGGCAGGGUCCCACAACAUCCAGCUCCAGGUUUAGAGUGUUAUCUUCGUUUAAAGGAGCAAAUUCCCAACAAAAAAAAACAAACAUGUACGUUUCCACUGUGUUUUGGCAUCGAUGCGACUUCAUAUCGCUGCGACUUUUUCUUUUUUCGAAUUUUUCUUUUAUAAUUCUCCAUCAUGGUUUUUAAUCUCGUGCUGCAUCUAAAACCCGAGUGUCAGACAGUUUGGCUCCAACUCUGAGACAUGAGGGAUUGACAGACAGACGCUGACAGGCUGCAGACGAGCGUGCGCGACCUGGAGGAGGAGGGAGAGGACGUCAGGCACCGAGCAGAUACAACAUGUGCGCUCAGAUCACUUGAACUCUGACGGAUUCCGUAUGAGUAACAGAGGAGCGGCGCCGCACGUCACCAUGUAUCUACUCUUUGAUAUCAAUCCAAUCUUUGGGGAUCUGGGACUUUUUCAAUCCUUUAAAGAAUUUUGACUCACAUCCUUAAAAUACACGCAGACAGACAGUCAGACAGACUCAUUAAACGCAGCCCUCUGGAGACUUAUUCAAAACCUUUGAAUGAGUUUGCGGCUCAGGAUGUACUGUAAGAGAAAUCCAGACAUCCAGUUCCCAUCGAGCCAUGCCGGUCACCUCCGCUGCACCCGGAGCCGCAGACUGCAGCACUGAGGCAGCUCCCAGUGCGAGAACCGCAGCGAACUGAAGCCAACGCACGAGCGCCACUGGGACCUUCUGCAAGGCUGAAAUGAGUGAAUGGACUCAGAUUCAUGCUGACGUUACAGUCAGGGACAAGAAUUAUAACUGAUCAAUGGUAUGAAAAGUCACAGUUAGGUUGAGUUUCAGUAUCUUUCUCAGACAUGUAAGAAGAGUGAGUGUACAGACCGUGAAGCUCUAAAAAUCUGAAGUAUAAAAUAAAAAGACAUUCAUGUUAACACAGAAACUAUUGCAAGUUUGUCAGAUUAAAACCCACAUUUCAUAAGAGGUAGAUAAUUUAAAUGGAUUUGCAUAAUAGCAGAUCAAAGAUAAAGAAAUCGUAACGUACACUCAUUUAACAGAUUUGCUGACAGAUGUUUGAAGGAGACAGCUCGACUAACUGCAGCUGGCGGACAUGAGAGCCAUCGUACUUCUGAAAGUCAUAUAGAAACACAGCAGGGACGACAGACCACACUGAGCCGCGCUGCCGUCUCCUCCAGAGACCUCACCACCAUGAUGGAGAAGCUGAACCGUAACGCUCCACCUGCCUCGCCUUCCGACCUGCCCCGGCUGUCCUCCUCCUCCUCUGCCGAGUCCUCGCCAUCCUGCUGCUCCGUGGAGCAGGAGGCUCCCGUCCAGAGCCGGACUCUAUCGGCCACGGACGCCACCGACGGCCCACACCCGGCUAACGAGGCAGGACCCGAGGGACGCACGGACGUCUCUGCUGCUGCUGCUGGAGUGGUCCAGCCACCCAUCACCCCGUCGGAGGGGUCACCACCACAGCCUCGUGUGGCGGAUCCAGAGGAGGACGAGGGAAAACGAGGGCCAAAGAGCAUCACCACCCCUCCUGAGUCAACCACCGGGUCACCCACCCUGUCCUCUCCACCGCCACUACUGCCGGCACCCGCCAAGACCUCCCCGUGCCCCCUGCCCCCUCCUCCAGCCUCCAGCGCGCCCAUCCCUUCAUCAUCCUCUCCUCUUCCUCCCCACAUCCCAGUCAUCAGCCUCGGUCACAGUAAGCCCCCGCUCCCUCUGCCCAACACCCCGCUGACGGCCCUCCACCCGAUCCCCGCCCUGCUCCAGGGGGACAUCCGGCGCAGCCACCUGUCCUGCCUGCCGGUGGCCGGCUCCUCUGGGGGCCCCGGGGGGCCCCCGGCCGCCUCUCCAGGGCCUCCUCUGCCUCAGCAGUACCUGCCUGCUCACCCCUUCUUCACCAGUUCGUACCUGGGCCCAGCAGGAGGGGGAAGCUAUGGCGUCCUCAACAGCAGCCGCAUCAAGAGGAGACCGCCGUCACACUUCGAGAUGGAGAUUACUGAAUGUCCUCCUCAAAAACUGGCCCGCCGUGUCUUCACCAACAGCCGUGAGCGGUGGCGGCAGCAGAACGUGAACGGGGCGUUCUCCGAGCUGAGGAAGCUCAUUCCGACGCACCCGCCCGACAAGAAGCUCAGCAAGAACGAAAUCCUGCGCCUGGCCGUCAAGUACAUCAACUUCCUGGUCACGCUGCUCAACGAUCAGGCUCAGGACAAGAGCAGAGAAUCAUCCGAGGACGAGGGGACGGCCACGGCGCUGGACAGUCACAAAGCGGACCCUCUGUUUCGGUGCGACAGCCCCGCUCCGCCGCUCUCGGCCCGUCCCGCCACGGCGUCCUCCCGCAGGGACAGAGACUCAACGGACUCGGUCAUCGCCCUGGCCAAUUCCCCGGCCACGUCCAGUUGCUAUGGAGACACGGACAGCGAAGAAAGCUUUGGGGCUAAGCCCUCCCUGGUGACGCAUGGCAUUCUCGGAAAGGUCAAGGGUCAAAUAAGGCUGGUGGCAACCACAAACGACGAGCGGUGACACUGAAGGAGAGAACGCCGCUGUAGCUCCGAGUGUCACUGACAGAUGACUUUAAAUACCCACAGUCCUCCGGGAGCUGGUCGCUCUGCGCUUCCAGAUCAACUCGUGAACAGUGUGAAGGAAGAUGAUAUUUCUCCUCGGAGGCAUUUUGCAGUUUUUCUUUGUGUGUGUUUUUCAGGCAUGUUCAAAUUCAAACUCAGUGCAUCAACCUGUGGUUUGGGGCAACUGGAGCAAUGAAGCGUCGCUCAAUAUUGAAAAUCGAUGUGCAUUUUGUGAAAAAAAAAAGAAAAAGAAAAAAGAAAGAAAAUGCCAUAAUGAUCCUAUGGUAAAAGUGAGUCCUCUGAAAGUAGCAA